AUGUACACGUUAUGCAAGCUCCUCUAUAUUACAGUCUUUGCCCUCCUAUCUGCCGUACCACCUUAUCUACAAAUCUACUACCAUGACGUGUUGUACUUUUCCUCGAAUCAAAUCGGGUGUGUUCUCGCUAUUGCCCCGUUUAUUCAAUCGCUUGCAUGCCCAAUAUGGACGUAUCUUGUCGACAAACGACCAAAGUUGCAUGGAAGUAUCAUGGCGUUUACCAGCCUUAUGGGUGGAUUGGCUAUCUUGGGUAUCAUGAUUCUCGGUCAUCAACAACAACAAGAAGAUACAACAAAGGAUCCUUCAACGCCCCUUUUUCUUUCUUUGAUCCUCAACAAUAACAAUGAGCAGCAUUCACCACCACCACCAGCAACGCAACAAACGGUGAUCCUCACAUCAUUAUGUGCAUUGAUGUUUGCAUUCUUCACUUUACCCAAUGUAUCCCUUGUCGACAGCGCCGUCAUGAAGAUAUUGGGAUCCAACAAGAUCCUUUAUGGUGAACAACGAUUAUGGGGAUCGGUAUCAGCUGGAUUUACCAUUCUUGUCGUUGGCGAGUUGAUCAAUUUGACUAAUAACCUGGAUGCUAUCUUUUGGGUAUUUGGCGCUUCGACCCUUGCUUUUAUUGUUAUAUCCUUGAGUGCCAACAAUGUGAUUUCCUCAUCUGUUUACAAAGACGAUGAUUAUAAGGCUACCGAGUGUUCCAAACUAUUGGCUACCAACGAGAGUAGGCAGCAGCUCAACAACGAGGAGGACUAUGAAAAAGAAGGUUCUGCUAGAGGGCGAUACCAAAGCACCAUGAUGCACGAUGAAAGGGGAUUAUACAGACCAACAAGCUGCAACUCAACGGUGCUCUCGAUUGCACAUGAUUUACGAGAAGAAGCUGAUGAGCUCUUGGAUACCAACGUGUCACCUACUACCGCCCCAUUACAAACAGCUGGUCUUGCCAUAUCAAGGGUAUCGUCUCUCGAACACAGCAUGCUAGGUGGCCGCGAGCUCAUUGAUGCCACAUCCUCCGCUUCAUUAUCAUCCACCACAGCAGCAGCCACGCCCAUGUCAUCCAGCAAUAGUCAUUAUCAAGCAAGAUUCUUUACAUCGCCUCGAGUUGCUUGUUUCUUGAUCACAACAUUAUUAUUUGGCGUGGUGCUAUCAAUGGUUGUCAACUUUUUAUUCUUAUUUCUAAGCAAUGAUUUGCACACACCUGCAAGCUGGAUUGGAUGGACGGGGCCUCUUCAAGCACUUACUGAGCUUUUAUGCUUUUGCUUUUCAAAACAGAUGAUGGAACAAUUUGGGACAGCCUGGUUGAUUGUGUUUGCCCAUGUCUGUACUAGCCUGCGCUGUUUGGCGUACACAUUACUGCCGCCCGAUGCAUUAUCCACCAAUAUUUGUGUGCUACUACUACAAACGCUUCAUGGAAUUGGAUUCGGUAUUUUUUGGGGGACGGCUGUAAGUGAGAUGGAUGCCAUGUUUCCGGCAAACCAAAGAGCUGUGGCUCAAGGUGUCCUUGGUGCUCUUCACACAGGUCUCGGCACUGGAUUGGGUGCUUUGAUAGGAGGACAAUUAUAUGAUUCUUUUGGUGCGGCUGGUCUCUUUCAUAGUGCAGCAGCCCUUUCACUCAUCAGUGCCUUAAUUUUUUGCAUCGGUCGUCGUCUAGACAUCAGCAGCUAG